AUGGGACCUACUCUGAAAGAAAUAGAGACAGGCCAGAAAGCGAAGAGAAAGCUCCAAAGACUAAUUUUUGGCAAAAGUUGGGUUGGAUUAGCGAAGAUUGUCCAAAAUGUUUUUGUAUCACAAUGCUGCCAACAGAAUAGGCAGUUCAGCACCCCCAGUCGAAGGGACUAUUUUUCCCCUUAUAAGAACAUCUUUCUUCCCUCCCAACAAGGGAAGUUGGCAUGGAUUGGCACCUCUUCCAUGCAAUUGCGAGCAUUGGCAAAACACCAGAAUGAUUUUAGUAUCCAGAGAAAUAGUCACUGCAAUGCUUCUGCCUACACUUCUGCAGUGCCAUUCCUAGACAAAGUUGAUUUUCUAAAGCUUCAAAAUGGAAGUGACAUACGCGGUGUGGCUAUUGAUGGUGUUGAGGGAGAGCCAGUUAACCUCACCGAACCUGUUGCUGAAGCAAUAGGAGCAGCUUUUGCUGGAUGGUUAGUGGAGAAAAAGAAAGCAGAUCCCUCUAAGCACUUGAGAGUUUCUGUUGGCCAUGAUUCCCGAAUAUCUGCAAAAUUCUUACAGAAUGCGAUCUCUCAAGGUCUUGUUGGUGCUGGCCUAGAAGUUGUCCAGUAUGGGUUAGCAUCCACACCAGCCAUGUUUAAUAGCACUCUCACGAUGGAUGAGGCAGUUUGUUGUCCUGUUGAUGGGUCCAUUAUGAUAACUGCAAGUCAUCUGCCUUUCAACAGGAAUGGAUUUAAAUUUUUCACAAACUCUGGUGGGCUUGGGAAGGCUGACAUUACAGACAUCUUAGACCGAGCUGCAGACAUAUACACAAAAUUUACAAAAGAGAGUUUGAUGAAUACGGAGGGAAAGGCUUCAAAAUCCAUUAAGAAAGUUGAUUACAUGGCUGUGUAUACAUCUGAUUUGGUGAAGGCAGUUCGUAAAGCGGCUGGAAACAUAGAGAAGCCAUUGGAGGGAUUCCACAUAGUUGUGGAUGCAGGCAAUGGAGCAGGAGGAUUUUUUGCGGCAAAAGUUCUUGAACCACUGGGUGCAAUUACUACUGGAAGCCAAUUUUUGGAGCCAGAUGGCUUGUUUCCAAAUCAUAUCCCUAACCCAGAAGAUAAGACAGCAAUGAAAGCUAUAACACAGGCGGUUCUUGAUAAUAAAGCUGAUCUUGGAAUUAUCUUUGAUACUGAUGUUGACAGAUCUGCUGCUGUGGACUCCACUGGCCGUGAAUUCAACCGGAAUCGCUUGAUUGCUUUAAUGUCAGCUAUUGUUCUGGAGGAACAUCCUGGAACAACAAUUGUCACAGACAGUGUGACGUCUGAUGGCCUCACCUCAUUUAUUGAGAAGAAGCUUGGUGGGAGACAUCAUCGGUUCAAGAGGGGCUACAAAAAUGUGAUUGAUGAAGCUAUUCGACUGAAUUCAAUUGGCGAGGAGUCACAUCUGGCAAUUGAAACCAGUGGACACGGAGCUCUCAAGGAGAAUCACUGGCUUGAUGAUGGCGCAUACCUCAUGGUCAAGAUCUUAAACAAACUUGCCUCGGCAAGAGCUUCCGGAAAGGGUGGUGGAAGCAAGGUUUUGACUGAUUUAAUAGAAGGACUCCAGGAACCAGCUUGUGCUGUGGAACUGAGACUAAAGAUCAACCAAAAUCAUCCGGACCUUAAGGGAGGAUCAUUUCGGGAUUAUGGAGAAGCUGUGCUGAAGCACUUGGAGAACUCAAUUAGCGCAGAUCCAAAGCUACAAAAGGCACCUGUAAACUAUGAAGGGGUCCGAGUUUCUGGCUAUGGCGGAUGGUUCCUUCUCAGGCUCUCACUCCAUGACCCUGUCCUUCCCCUUAACAUUGAGGCACCAAGCAAUGAUGACGCUGUAAAGCUUGGACUCUCUGUGGCUGCAGCUGUAAAGGAGUUUGCAGGCUUAGACACAUCUGCUCUGGACAAAUUUGUAGGAGCAUCAUAGUUUUGGUGCUUCAAUUCUUGCGAGGCUUGCGAGCUUGGUGCUGAAAAUGCUUUUGCUUCUUGUAUACCUGCGUAGGCUGCAAUUUACCCAGAAGGGGAUCUUUGGUCUUCAGCUCCUCAUACAGCUUGAACUGUGAGUGAAUAAAGAGGUUGAGAGCAUUUGGAGGAAAUCUUAGCUAACACUUGGGGUUGUCCAGUGUAUGCUCAGUAGUCCGAACCUAGUAAUUUCUGAAUUGGAUGAUCUGAUGUAUUCAAUUUUUAAUUUUGUUGCGUAUGGCCACCGUGGUGCGCUCUUUUUUGACUCCUCCUUUAUUAUAGUUAGGAAUGUUCUUUGGAUUUGGUUAAUUUAAAAGUAAGUUCUUUAA